GAGUGUCAGUCGACUGACGGACGCACUGACCGCAAGGCUGAGUCUUGCUCGGGGAAUCGAUCGGUGGGGUUGUAGGGGAGUCGAGCGCAGGGGGAAUGGGAUUUCGGUGCGUGGGGCGAUGUAGCAGGAUAUGGAUUGUGCGCGGAGUCUAGAGUUCUGCCAUGGACAGCAAUGGACGGAGCCAGCUGCAAAUUGAUCUCACGGGGGCGGUCGUGCGGCCGCCAACGCUCAUCGUGGGUCGAAGCUUCAAAGGCUCUCCAUGCUUGACGCCGACGAGCUCGCCGUCGCCGCGGCGAGUGUCUCCGACCGUGAGAACGCCUCCGAAUCGGGCGGACGCCUGCUGCUGCACCCCCAAGCGAUAUUCCAACUCCAGGUUCGCCGGAGCCAUCGUGCGCUCUUUCUUUGCUAGUGUGUUUUCAGGCCGCCGUUUGCUGCCAUGGAUCGUCUUCAUAGCUCUGUGGACUGCGUUUGGGCUGCACGUCCAGUUCAAUUGGUUUUACAUGGAGAAUCUCUCACCCAGUAACGAGGAGAUCAAUGCGCAUGUCCCUCUGGAGAGACGGUCGCUGGAGAUUUCCGCGUUCGAUCCCGACAGCAACAAUGGUGGCGCAGAGGGGCGUUCUUUUCUGUACAAUGCAGUCCAUGGGCAUGCCGGCAAGGCCGUCUGGAGCAUGGAAUGGGUUUGGGGCGUGUUCAAAGGAGUGCGAGACCAUCGCUCGGCUGCCGGAGCAAAUCGUGGCGAGGAGAAACGCGCGGACGUCUCUGCGAAGGAUGAGGCGGGCAAAUUGAGGGCCCCUCCGGAGCAGCAGCAUUGGUCGCUUCCGAGGAUCAGCAGUCGCCAGGAAGCCGAGGAACUCACGCAGGGUCUGGAUAUGUUGGACGACUCGCUGCCGGGCUCGUCUGCCGACGAGGGCAGUGUGUGGAACGCCCCGCCGAGCGUCAAUUACAGCAUUGGCACAUUAGUGGGGCCUUUCGAGAAGCUGGAGGCGAGCGUUCUGGGUGCGGAAGAUGAACGAAAGCAGGGCUGGGGCUGCCAGGCCGAUUCUCUGUUUGCGAAGCUCGUGAACGGGAGGUCGUUCGUCAUCGUGCUGCAUGAACUGUCAGUCACCGGGGCGCCCUUGUCCAUGCUGGAGCUCGGAACCAAAAUGCGCAGCUGUGGGGGCCGAGUGUCGGCCGUCGUGCUGAACAAACAGGGAGGACUGCUGUCGGAGCUCGUCGAGAGAGGCAUCCGCAUCCUGCAAGAUAAAGCUCAUCACAGCUGGAAUUCAGCGGCGAAGGCCGAUCUUGUCGUCGUGGGCUCAGCUGCUUGUGCCUCCUGGAUCGGCCAGUAUCUCAAGUCCAAUCCCAAAGGAGGAGACCGCUUAGUGUGGUGGGUCAUGGAGAAUCGACGCGAGUACUUCGACCGGGCCAAGUAUCUUCUGGGAAGGCCCAAGGCUUUGCUUUUCCUGUCGGAUAUACAAUCUACGCUGUGGAAGGAGUGGUGUAGGAAUGAAAGCCUGCCGAUUGCUGCCCACACAGAAGUCGUCGCCCUGUCCGUCAAUGAACAGCUCGCUUCAGUUGCCGGGCUGGCGAAUUCGUCGAAUUACCAACUUGCUGAAAAGCGGGCGCAAUUGCGAGAGGAAGUGCGUCGGGGCAUGGGUUUAGAGCCCAACGAUGUUCUGGUAGCAUCACUCAGUAGCAUUAAUCCGGGUAAAGGUCAGCUGCUGUUAUUGCAAGCAGCGCUGAUGGUGGUAGAUCAUGUCGAGAAUGAAGGACUCGCAGGCCUAGCUCACGUGGAGACGAAUUCCGCUCUGGAGUGGAGAUCCAGACGAACUUUUUUGACAGGCAGGCAAAUAUUCUCCCUGGCUGACAGUUUUAGCUUUUUCAGCAUAUUCAAGGACCGCGGAAGUCAUCCGCCCGGUGCAUCCGGAAAGGAGAAGCAUUCGGGUGCGCCGGGGAAAGACAAGAAAUCCCGAGGAGGUGAGUCGAAAUCUCUGCUCGGGAGAGGCAGCAGGAAGGCGAGACUCCCUCUGGCGAAAGGCAAGAAAUCGAGCCUGAAGCAGCGAGGCCAGAACUUCGUGCGCAACACGAUCCUCAGGCUGAGGCCGAAGGCCGUGGGCAGCGAGGGCGCGGACGGGAGUCCCAGACUCCGAAUCCUGAUCGGCUCCAUCGGAUCGAAGAGCAACAAGCUGGCGUACCUGGAGAAAAUCUCGAGGCUUUUGGAUCGCAGCGAGCGCCUGGCGAAGCUCACUCUGUCGACGCCCUCGACCAUUCACGUGGCCUCGUUGUACGCCGCGGCGGACGUGUACGUCAUGAACGCGCAGGGGAUUGGAGAAACCUUCGGGCGCGUCACCGUGGAAGCCAUGGCUUUCGGGCUGCCGGUGCUGGCGACGAACGCCGGGGGAUCCAAGGAGAUCAUCAGCAGAAACGUCACGGGGCUCCUCCACCCGAUCGGCAGGGCGGGCGUCCCGGUGCUCGCCCAGCACAUCCGCCGCCUGCUCGAUCACCGAGCGCAACGCGAGCAGAUGGGCCGCCAGGGCCGCGACCUCGUAGACAGGCUUUAUAGGGAACACAUGAUGUACGAGAAACUCGCGCAAUCCUUUAAAAAAGUGCUCGACGAUGCAUCUUCCUGAUUUUUGGUCUGCAUUCUUCUUCUUUGUCGUUCGGUCGUUCGAUGCUCGAGCUCUGAGCUAUGGAAUCGCGUCAUGUCCCCAAUAUGUCCCCAAUUCGGACAGCGUCCUCUGAGUCCUCGGGGCGGGACAUUUGCUCGGCAUCCUAUGUCCACGCAGAAGUCUCUCCCUCACUCCCUCACUCACGCAGUCGCAGUCACAGCUCGACAGAGGUUUGCACCAACGCAGCGACGCAGUUCGCCCGGCCGAGUGGGUGUCGCCAUGUCGGAGAGGAAGAGAGAUAGAGAGAGAGAGAAGACGGAGCGCACGAACCGCAAGGACGGACAGUGCUUAUCUCGAUUACCCGCCGGCUUUUCUGUCUCGGACCGCUGGCCUCUGAGCAUCCUUUGGAUCUCUCCUGGGCAAUGCUCUGUCUGCGAGCCUCGUCCGUCAUGCCAUAAUUAGCCGACUGUGUCCAGGUUUGUUUGUCCUGAUUUAGUCUGUUGCCUAUAUCUGGAGGAUGGCAGGCACAUGGUGCGAUCGACCGUCCACAUGCUUCACCUUCGCGUGCCUUUACUCCGAGGAGCGGCCAUGUUCAUUUCGCUUCCGUUUUUCGACACCGGAGAGUCCAAAAACCGACCGUGGAAGGUGGCCGGUGGCAGGUGUAUCGAAAUAUCGAUGCGGUUUGUCUAUGUCGUCCUUCUCGAUUUAGCGGAGCCCUACGCUUCUCCUCGUCGAGCGAGAUAAAUAAAGCACCCCUCGCCCCGCGCUGAAAUUAUGGUCGGCGUUGUUGUCUUUUGACUGUCUUGAGCGCAGGUGUCCGAAGCCCCACUGAAUAUGGACCUCCCGUCGUCAGCUCCAGUUGGCCGUCCAAAUCACCGGCUGUGGACCAAGUCUUGCACCCUCUCCCCGUCUCGUAGUUUCAGAUCUUCCUCCCUGUGGCAGAAAUCGCGACUUCUACCUGUUUUCGAAGUUGUGUCGUUCGAUGAGUAUCUGAGUUCUGCGUACUUGGUUGUUAGAAUGAUUAGGCAAAUAUUAUUUAUGUUUUCCAGUGACAGAUUCAUUCAAUGGUUUAAUUCAUGGUUAGAAGAUUAUUACGUACAGUCAAUCAUACGUAUAGUUAAAUUAUUAUAAGACAUACGUUGGUCAGGUGAAGAGUUGAACAUAUGUUUUGGAGAACAACUUCAGAUCCGUAAUAAUACAGGUAUAGAAAAACUGAGAACACGAAGUGUACAACCAUUGCAAGUGUGACCACUCUAAUGAUGUGGAGCGAUGGAGAAAAUGGAGACCUUAGAUUGACAUCCAUCUUUGUGAGGAAAAGUAAUUCCAUGGAGUAAUAGAAGGGUUUAUAUUUUUGCACUUAAGUAAAUUGAGCUCAGAUAUUUUUGGACCUGCAGCGAAGUGCAUACCUCACAGCAUGUGAACUUCCAUCGGGAAAACUUGAAUACUUGUUGCAAUUAUGGAAUCAAGCUAAAAUCUGUGAAGUUCACAAGGCCAUCGAUAUCUGUUGACUCCAUCCGUAAAGUACGCAGUGGGUGCCUCCAAAUUUGUAAGUUUCGCACCCCAUGCACCUUUUGACUCUGUACGCGGUAGAAGACGACACCAAACGUUUUGAUCUGAUGACAAGAAGACCUAGCUGGCGACACGGAAAGAUUCAAUACAAACAUCCUUUUCGGACGAAAGAUGCCAACUGGCUGAUCUUCUAGAGACAAUUCCUGAUCAAAUGUUUCGCGACAAAAGAUCGAAGGGCACGAGAAUCGAUGUUGUGGGGAUCGAGAAUCUCCGACACCUUGACUAGUAUUGUUGCCCAUUCGACUCUUACAUAAGUUAUGUGACUCCUGGGCUUAGUCACUAAGUUUUUCUGGUUCGUGCUCCACCUUUGUUUGGUGCUCGUACCCGAUCGUAAUUUUGAUUACAAACUCCGUACAUAGAGAAAUCAUCCUCAUUACCUAAGAACGUUCUAGAGUAAUUUUGACGAAGCUAGGUUAGGUCGUUAAUAAUAGUAUAUCUAGCUUUCAAGUCCAAAGCGAAAAGAGUCCGAC